AUGACUUCUCGUGCAAAACUUACUGAAAACCUUCAGUCUCUUUGUCAUGAACAUGGUUUAACGUGGGACGAUCAAUUAUCAAAUGAUAUUCCACGAAAAUGGCGCAUACAUGGUGACAUGCUUCUUCUUUCUUCAAGUCGUUGUUUUGUUGAUUCUCGAUGGAUAACUCAUAUUCCAUCUGAUCAAUUUUGGUCAACUGUUGCUCGAUCAUUUGGAUCAUCAAUUAAACGUAUUGCUUUCGAAGGUUCUAUUAAAAAUGACGAUUUUCGAUCACCAAAUACACGCUUAGUAUUAGGCAGUGACCCAUGGGUAUAUCUAAUCGAAAAUGGUAUUAAAUUUUCAUAUAAUGUUGAUAAAAGUAUGUUUUGUGCUGGAAACAAUACAGAACGAAUGAGAAUGGGGCGAAUGUUAUGUGCCAAUGAAACAAUUGUUGAUCUUUAUGUAGGCAUUGGAUAUUUUACUCUUCCAUUUCUUGUUCACGGUCAUGCACGUCAUGUAUAUGCUUGUGAAUGGAAUCCCGAUUCAAUGGAAGCACUUCGUCGCAAUCUUCAAGCAAAUCAUAUCGAUGAUGAUCGCUAUACACUUCUCUUAGGAGAUAAUCAAUCGACAUGUCCUGUGGGUGUAGCUGAUCGGUGUAAUCUUGGCUUAAUUCCAUCAUCUGAAGCUAGUUGGCCGAUUGCUUGCCGAGCACUUCGAUCUGAAGGAGGUCGUCUUCAUGUACAUGGUGUUGUAAAUACCAAAGAAGAAACACAUGAUCAAUACAGUGAAAAGGUUCGGCAACGUAUUGAAACAAUUAUGCGAGAUAUUCAUCGUGAAGAAAAUAAUUACAAAUGUGAAAUAGAACACAUUGAAAAAGUUAAACCAUAUGGACCUCGCUUAGAUCAUCUUGUUGUUGAUUUAUUAUUAACUGAAAUUCGGUCAUGA